UCAACUCCUGAAGAGAUUUCCCUCUCAUUUGUCUGGCAGGUAACUUCUGAACAAGUUCUGCACCUUGUGAGAGCUUUGCCCAAGGAGUGUUGUAACUUCGGAACAAGUUCUGCGAAGACCACCUUGUGAGAGCUUUGCCCAAGGAGUGGUGUAAGUCCAAAGUGACUUCAAGAUACACAGCAAUGACAACAAGAAAAAAAUAAGCAGUAGAAAAAUAUAUUUCAAGCUGUUAAGGGGGGGGGGGAUAAGAUUGCGCUGUAAAAAGAGAGGUUUGGGAAAGCAAGCAGAAGGCUACAGCAAUACAAAAACUCUGUUCUUCAGGAGUUAUAUCUAUGAACCCAUGGCAUAAUAUUUGAAUUAUAAGUGUAAAAGAAUGGCAAGUCCCCUGCCUCCCUAUCCUAGAUCAGACACAGGACCUCUGUUACAUCAGUGUAUGGAAUGUGGAAAACAUUUUAAAAGCAAAAGUAAUCUUACUGUACAUGAACGGACCCACGCAGGGGAGAAGCCAUAUCAAUGCAUGGAAUGUGGAAAGAGCUUCAGUAGGAGUGGAGGUCUACAUUCCCAUCUAAGGACCCACACAGGGGAGAAGCCAUAUAAAUGCAUGGAAUGUGGAGAAAGUUUCAGUUGGAGCAACAGUCUACGUUACCAUCAAAGGACCCACACAGGGGAGAAGCCAUAUAAAUGCAUGGAAUGUGGAGAAAGCUUCAGUCGGAGAGGCAGUUUACAUUCCCAUCUAAGGACACACACAGGGGAGAACCCACAUAAAUGCAUGGAAUGUGGAGAAAGCUUCAGUCGGAGAGGCAGUUUACAUUCCCAUCUAAGGACCCACACAGGGGAGAAGCCAUAUAAAUGCAUGGAAUGUGGAGAAAGUUUCAGUAAGAGUGGCAAUCUACGUUCCCAUCAAAGGACCCACACAGGGGAGAAGCCAUAUAAAUGCAUGGAAUGUGGAGAAAGCUUCAGUCGGAGCGACAGUCUACGUUCCCAUCUAAGGACUCACACAGGGGAGAAGCCAUAUAAAUGUAUGGAAUGUGGAGAAAGCUUCAGUUGGAGAGUCAGUUUACAUUCCCAUCAAAUGACCCACACAGGGGAGAAGCCAUAUAAAUGCAUGGAAUGUGGAGAAAGUUUCAGUCGGAGUGGCGAUCUACGUUCCCAUCUAAGGACCCACACAGGGGAGAAGCCAUAUAAAUGCAUGGAAUGUGGAGAAAGCUUCAGUCGGAGCGACAGUCUACGUUCCCAUCUAAGGACUCACACAGGGGAGAAGCCAUAUAAAUGCAUGGAAUGUGGAGAAAGUUUCAGUAAGAGUGGCAAUCUACGUUCCCAUCAAAGGACCCACACAGGGGAGAAGCCAUAUAAAUGUAUGGAAUGUGGUAAAAGUUUCAGUCAGAGUUGCAGUCUACGUUCCCAUCAAAGGAAGCACACAGGAGAGAAGCCAUAUAAAUGCAUGGAAUGUGGUAAAAGUUUCAGUCAGAGUUGCAGUCUACGUUCCCAUCAUUGGAUCCACACAAGGGAGAAGCCACAUAAAUGCUUUGAAUGUGGAAAAAGCUUCACACGCAGUGACAGUCUACGUUCCCAUCAAAGGACGCACACAGGGGAGAAGCCCUAUAAAUGCAUGGAAUGUGGAAAGAACUUCAGUCACAGUAACACUCUGCGUAUCCAUCUAAGGACACACACAGGGGAGAAACCACAUAAAUGCAUGGAAUGUGGAAAGAGCUUCAGUCACAGUGACAAACUACAUUCCCAUCAAAGGACCCACACAGGAGAGAAGCCAUAGAUUUGCAUAGAAUGGGGAAAGAGCUUCGGUUUGCGUGGCAUUGGUCGACGGAUAGUGGGAGCAGGUCUCACUCAGAGGGGCACUUUUCUCAGUAUUGCAGCAAGCUUCCAAGGGAUUCACCUAACCUCUUCUACAAGGAAAUCCAUCAAUGGCUUCUAGGAUGAUCUGUGAAGGUUUGCUGAAAUGAACAGCAGCUGAGAUUUCUGGAUAAAAGGGUUCUGAAAAAGAAGAGCUCUUUGGUGGUAGAUAACGUCCUAUAUUCAUACUUUUGACUCAUGUCUUUGUUCUACUGCCCCUCAAUUACAAUUUUGGGCUCCAGCCAUGGACCUGUAUCCCUUUUCUGGACAUUGUUGCAUCCUUAAUCAUUGACUCUAAAUUCUGGACUGACUUCCUGGUUUCAUUUAUGAACCAGAACUUUGUUUGCAUCCCUGACUUUCUGACUUGACUCUGAAUUCGUUUUGUACUCUUGAUUUCCUGCUUGUUAUUGCAUCAACUCUUUUGAAUGAACUCCUAGCAUGUGACUAUUAGACUGUUACCUUGGCUUUUGUUUCUUCUUGCUCCUGACCUGGAUCUACAGUACUUGAGUUGUCUGCAUUAAUUGGACUCUUGACCUUGACUUUUGUUCAUUGUUCCUCCGACUGUGUUGCUGCAAUUGUAUUAUUUUAACCGGACUCAAGACUUUAGCUUUCUUCUAAGUACAUAUUGUCUUGGCCUAGCUUGUGUUCCUCAGGCUUUAUACUGGGAGAGCCCUGGAACACGAGACCAUCAGUCUUGCUUUGUGUGUACUUAUCACCCUAUUUCUCUACGUGUUCUCCCUCACGAAUAAUUCUUCUUUAUCUCACCCUGAGUUUUUAAAUCAUUUUAUGUAUAUGCGGCCCGCUCACUGUCAUUAUGCUUGGUUUACUACUUUUUUAUGUUUUGUGCAUAUUGUUUAUUGUAUUUAUGUUUUGUACUUUACUGCAAUGUUCUUUAUUCUAUUGUAAUUUGUAUUUUAUUUUAUUGUAAUUUGUUUUUGGGCUUGGCCUCAUGUAAGCCGCCCCGAGUCCCCAUUGGGGGAGAUGGUGGCGGGGUACAAAUAAAGUUUAUUAUUAUUUUUUAUUAUUAUCCCUGCUUAGAGUGAACCAAUUUCCGUACUUGAGACUGUUUAAUCACCACCUUUGCCCAAGGGUCCAGUAGGAUACACAACACAUCUCCCUAACUGUGGAGAAUGGAAGACAAAGAAUGAUGGCAUUGGCUGAUGAAGAUUAUUAUUAUUAUUAUUAUUAUUAUUAUUAUUAUUAUUGUGUCAGGAGGAACUUGAAAAACUGCAAGUCUCUUCUGGUGUGAGAGAAUUGGCCGUCUGCAAGGACGUUGCCCAGUGGG